GGAAGUAGGAAGUCCUCUGACUCUGCCCGGACCUGUCUCUGUGGAUCUGGAUCCGGACCUGUCUCUGUGGAUCUGGAUCCGGACCUGUCUCUCUGUGGUUGUGGGUGUGGAUCCGGACCCGUCUCUCUCAGACUGGGCACAGACAUGGCAGCAGAACUAAGGUUGGUGGUGCUGGGCGGGACCGGGACUGGUACUGGAAAAGAGCUGGUCCACACCAUUCUGGGCCUGCGAGACCCUGAGCAGGGUGAAGAUGGGCCACCAGAUCAGGAGUGCACUAAACACAGAGGGCAGGCGGCGGGCAGACAGGUGGCGCUGGUCUCCACGCCGGCCUGGUUCAGUUCGUCCUGCCCUCCAGAGCAGCGGAACAGGAACAUCUCCUCCUUCAUUGCCCUGUCCAGCCCCGGGCCUCACGCCUUCCUGCUGCGUGUGCCGCUGAGCCGGCGUGCGGACGGCGAGGCGGCGGCGCUGGACGUCCUGCAGCAGCUGCUGGGCCCGUCCGCCGUCUCCUCCCACACCGUGGUGCUCUUCACCCACAUGGAGGAGCUGCAGCCGGACGAGCCGCUGGAGGAGUACCUCUUCACGUGGCGCAAGGACCUCCUGAAUCUGGUGGGCAGAUGUGGGGAUCGCUACCACACACUGGAGGUGGAGGAGGGGGGGGAGCGGCGGGCCGUGGAAGAGCUGCUGGAGAAGGUGGAGCAGGUGAUGGCGGAGCCCCUGAGCUGCCCGCUGUACCAGGAGGCUGAGAGGACGCUCCGUGGAAGGCAGGCAGAGAUAGCGAGGCGAAGGAGAGGCGAGGGGCAGGAGGUGACCGAGGAAGACCUGCAAGCCGCUCGGGAUGAAGCGGAGAGCGGCGUCGGCGAUCUGGACAUCAACAUCCAGCAUCUGUUCCCCUCCGCCUCCCCCCCAGCAGCCCCUGCCGCGCCCCCCUUCCCCUGGGCUUGGCUGCAGUGGUUGGCCCGGCUGGUGAGGAGGGAGGCCCUGCUGGGGGCCCUCGUGGGCCUGUUUGUUGGGGGGCCGUUUGGAGGUGUGGUCGGUGCGUCUGUGGGUGCCGUCGCUACGGAAGUGCAGAGGAGAAAGAGCCAGAAAACUAAAUGACUGAUAUUAGAAUUAUUAUUACAUUACGCACCUUAAAGUCAGUUUACCGUUCAGCCACUGAGUGACUGAGCUGUGGGCUCAGUGUUACCGAGGCGCCACUCCCCCAGGAGCCACGCCGCCAGAAUACAGCAGGGUCCAGCAUUUCAGAGUUCUGCUUACUGUCACUACAUUCUGCUCUUACCUAACACUUAAAAGGAUGAAAGUCUCUCCUUUCGUUUCUCCCUAACCUCAGCACAUUUAGCACCUCAGCCUGCUCACCUUUCAAAGUGAGAGUAUAUCUGGCCAAGAGAGGGUGCUCAGGUCAUGACCCAGAAACAUUACAAAACGACUAAUAAACUGAAUAAACUGAUAAUAAAUAAUAAACUAACAAUAUAUGUGCUUUAUUUUCUUGAUGAAAUGUCCAGUCAGAAUAGGAUUUUGACUUCAUGCACACAACGGCACUAAACGCAGCUC